AUGCUUGGUGUUGGCUCCUCGUGUGCUUUUGGAUCCGAUAAAUACUGCAAUACUUGUAUAAAGUCUGGCAAGUGGUUAUUUGUUGGAAAAACAGUACAACCAUGGAUUUCUAGCGGUGCUAUUAGUCGAAAUUUAAUGCCAACAAGAAGUCGAGCUGGAUAUACUAAGUCGAGAGUUCCGUUCUAUAGUAACUGCUCGGCAACUUUUAAUAUUGAAUAUCUUCGUAUGUGUGGUGACAUCAGUCCUAAUCCUGGACCUAAAUCUACCAGAACAUGUACAGAAUGCGACCGAGUUGUUGCUAAAAAUCAUCGAGCGACAAAGUGUGAUGGCUGCUCUAUGUGGACUCACAUCAAUUGUGGAGACGUGCCACCAAAACAGUAUCGGCAAAUGAAAUUAUCUGGUAAUAUUUCACACACUUGCCGGUCAUGCUUUGAAAUACUACAGGAGUUUCCCUUCGCUAAUACAAGCCUAAAUUCUAGUAAUGGUUCUGGUGAUGACUCAGCCUCAGACGAGCAAGACCAACAUUGCAUCAGUUUGGGCUGAUUACGACAAUAUUAUUGAAGGCAAUCCAAAAAACUAUAAAAUCGGUCAUUUAAAUGCAAAUAGUAUUGGCGGUUUCAAAUUUUUCGAAAUAAAAACAUGGCUACUUUCAAGAAGAUUUGAUAUGCUUGUUAUUUCUGAAACCAAGAUUGAUGCAAGUUUUCGUGAUAGUCACUUUCGAGUUGAUUGCUACCGCUUUUGUCGUAGCGAUAGAAAGGCCGGUGGGGGAGGGUUUAUCAUUUACGUUAGGAGCGAUAUUUGCUUUGUUAGAGCAAACCAGCUCAAUGGUUUAAAGUUUGUGCAAGAUUUGCAUAGGGCGCCUUUUCAUAUAAUGGCUAUAUUCGAUGAUGUGGAUGAUAUGCUUUACGCAUUUGGACAAUUGUAUGUUGAAAUCCUAAAUGAGCAUGCCCCUUUGAAACAGACAGUCAUUAGGGGAAAUCAGGUACCAUAUACAGGGUGUAUCAAAAAACCCGCAACCUCGGAAUUUCCUAAGAAAUCACUUUGCAAUUCUUAAGCAUAAAAGAUUUUAGGCCCCUGGGAAUUGAAAUCGAAUUGCUAAUAGAUCAUGUUACUGUUGUUGUGCAUUAAAUAAAUGCAUAAAUUUUGCUUUAUGCACUCGCGUGUGCAGUAAUUUUGACAGUUAUGCUAUUUUAAAUUCCCAGGCGCCUAAAAUCUUUUGUCUUUAAAACAAUGUCGAUGUCUUGGGAAAUUCCGAGGUUGCGCUUUUUUUGAUACACCCUGUAUGACUGAGUAGGCAUAGAAAUAAAUUAUGGAAAAAAUUCAGAAGGGAUCGCACAAAUCGAAAUUAUGAUCAGUAUAAAAUUCAGCGUAACAAAUGUACCUCCUUAAGACGAAAGGCAAUAAAAGAAUACUUUCUGAAAAAAUCGACAGAACCUGAAAACCCACGAGAGUUUUGGAAUGCGUAUCGUCCAUUUUUGCACAGUAAAUCAAAACAAGCUAAUGAUAUUGUUCUUAAUGACAAUGGUGUAGUGAUAAGUGAAAAAGGUGAAAUUGCCGAACUGUUCAAUGAAAAUUUUCUUAAAGUUGCCGAUGAUGUUGGACUUAUUAGCGAAAGAGAUUACGGUAAAGACUUCGAAGACCAUCCAAGCAUUAAAGCCAUUCAUCAGCAUAAUAGGGAAUCGGGCAUGCCUUUCUGUUUUGAAUUUCAUCACACAAAUGAAGGUGAGGUAAAAAACCUACUUUCUGCAAUAAAUGUUAGAAAAUUGUGUGGUUAUGACAUGUUAUCGCCGAAGCUAAUUAAAGAAUCAGCAGAUAUAAUUGCUACGCCAAUUGCCAACAUUCUGAAUGCCUCCAUUAACCAGAACUGUUAUCCGAGUGCUUGGAAAAAAGGGCAAUUAACGCCUUUAUUAAAAAAAGAUGACGAAUUUAGCAAAGCCAACUAUAGACCGGUGACAGUCUUAGGGGCUGUUUAUAUGGAAGCGAGCCAGCCCGGGUACCGGAGCUGGCUCGCAUCCCCGAGAUGAAUUUCACCACGCGUUUACACGAAACUUACAUCAAGGGCUGGCUCUUCGUGUUCUAAUUUUUUUUGGCGUAAACAACUCCAUAUAUGGAAGUUGGUUCCUUAUAUGGGAGUUGUUUGUGUAUUCUGAAUUAUUCUAAUUAUUUGCGCAUGCGUAUUUGCUAAAUUUCCAGCCCUACUAGGAGGAACACCGCGGAACAACGUCUGCGCAUGCGUCAGCCGUACCUGUAAUAGUAUUGCGAACUUGAUGAGAAGCUGUUCCGAACGUUUCCGAAGGCUCAAAAUGGCGGUAAAAAGGAGUGACUUCAUUGUGCGUCUUUACAGCCAGAUUUCGAGCGCAAAAAUAAACAUGUCAUUCUAAAAACUAGGAAUAAAUACAGCCAGAAGUUUCAAGAAAUUGUAUUGUACAAGAACAUGAACUAAAGGUGAUUGUUGACAAAUUUAUCGUGUAAAACAUUUUGUUUAUCAACUAAGCAACGACAAUUUCCGAAUUUUCGUUUGAGAUACAUUUCUUUAAAAAAAACUGUGUCGCCAAAUAUAAAAAAAUUUCUUGUUCACAAUAAUUAAACUUUAGGAUUUAUUCUACAAUUUGAGUGGGUUAAGAAGCUUAACUUUUCGAGAGUUUUCUUAACUUUUGAGUUUGAAUUUUUGUUUUGAAUAAUUUUGCAAAUAUUUUCGAAGUCGUGUCCGUUAAAAUUAACAAUUUUUACAUGAAUUAUAUUUCAUUCCAUACUUUAAAUGCCAGGACGCUUUCAAUUAAUGUCUAGUCUACCCAUUUGCUUUUUUUUCUCGUUUAUUUUACUAAUUUUUGACCAAUUAAUAAGCAUGUUUUUGUUUUGAUGAUAUUCAAAUUCCCCGCCAUAUUUUCAUAAUUUGGUGCAUGCGCAGACGUUUUUCCGCGGUGUUACUAGGAGGGCUAGCCCUCCCUGUUGCGUUUAUAUGGAAAACUACCCAGCCCGUUUACCCGAGGUCUCGGGUCACACGAAGCGGGACCUCGGUUAGGCGGGCCAGCUCGGUUCUCAUAUAAACGCAACAUGAAAUUUAGUAGGAAAUAUUAACAGACGGGAUCCCGCCUAAAGCGAGCUAGCUCGGGUACCCGAGCUGGCUCGACUCAUAUAAAGAGCCCCUUACCCAUGUUAAAUAAUAUAUAUGAGAGGUUAUUAGCCGCUGAAAUGGAUGAAUUUUGUACAGCGAUUUUAUCUGAUUAUAUCAGCUCUUAUCGUAAAUGUUAUAGUUGUGAGACAGCUCUAUUACGGUUGACUGAGGAUUGGCGGAAAAUGCGCGAUAAUGGGGAAUUAGUUGCUGUAGUUGCUAUGGACCUCUCGAAAGCGUUUGAUGAGAUUCAACAUGACCUACGUCUGGCCAAGCUCAAGGCAUAUGGUGUAGAAGAGAGGAGUUGUGCGCUGCUCAGGGACUAUUUAUCUGGAAGUCAACAAAGGGUUAAGAUUGGCGACACUGUCUCUGCUUGGGCAGAUGUCAAACGUGGAGUCCCUCAGGGAAGUGUUUUGGGGCCUACAUUUUUUAAUAUAUUUAUUAAUGACUUGUUUUACCAUGUCACACAAGCCAAACUAAAUGCUUAUGCAGAUGAUCAUCAAAUAUACCAUUCUGAUAUUGAUCCUGUAGCUUUAGAAAAAUGUGUAUGUGAUGAAUUCGAAGUUGCAAAUCAGUGGUAUCAUAAUAAUGGAAUGAUUGUAAAUGAGACCAAGUAUCAAGCACUAAUUCUUGGCAAAACUGAUUAUUGCUUCUCUUUCCCAGCCGUAAAAGAAUCAAUAGAUAUGUUUGGUAUGGACAUUGAUAAUAAACUAAAUUUCAAUAAUCAUAUCACAACCGUUUGUAAAAAGAUCAACAAACAGUUCAAUGUCAUGCUAAGAUUUCGGAAUUUGAUUUCAAAAGAUACUCUUUUAUAGCUGUAUAAAGCAUUUAUUCUGCCGAACUUUGACUAUUGUUCAUCGGUAUGGCACUUUUGCGGUGCACGUAAUACAGAUAAAAUAGACGCUCUGAAUAAGCGCAUUCUUAGAUUUAUGUUGCGAGACAAUACUUCUUCGUACAGUAUCUUGCUUAGUAAAGUUGGUUUAAAAUCUUUAUAUACUAAACGCUUACAGAAAUUUUUGAUCAUAUUAUACAAAAGUUUGUAUAUUCCUAAUUAUCCAGGAUAUAUUAGAAAUAUGUUCAAACUACGGGAUACACCAUAUGGUUUACGUGGUAACUACAUCUUAUCGCUACCUCAUUCGAAGACAACGACCUAUGGUUUACAUUCCUUUUCCUAUUUGGCAGCGAAAUUAUGGAAUUCUCUUCCAGACUGUUAUAGAAUGACCAACUUUCUUGAUUUUAAACGACGUAUUCUACGUUAUGAACCUUCACAUUAAAUUAUUUUUGUAUAUAUAUAGUUUCUAUUUAGUAUUAGUAUUAGUAUUUAUUUAUAUAUUAAUUAAUUAUACUUAGUUACUCGGAGAAAUUAGCUAUGUAAGCUACUCACAAAUUCGAGUAUAAAUAAAGUUUAUGUAUGUAUGCAUGUAUGUAUGUCUACUGUAAGUUUCAUUGAACAAAAUGCCCAAAAGUCUCGACCUUCUCUUUAAAAUAUUUCUAACAUUUUAAGAACCGUUUAGAAUAAGGAAUUACGUCAUUCUUUAACUUUUCUACGUUAAUUUUGGAUACGGCCGCAUGAUAUUUAACAGGAUGCAUAAAUUUAAUAGUAUAAUUAUAAUUUUCCCAAACUAAUUUUCCAUCAUCAAACUUACGGCUGCCAUACUUGUCCGGUAGAUACAACCCCAAAUGAAAUUCCCAUGAACUUUGUAAGUCUAUGAAACUCAUAAUGGUCGGCACUGAAACUUCCAAAAAUACUCGAUUUUUAUGAAACACAGCAGAGAUCCGCUGCCACUGAUCACUGAACUUCUUGGGUACAUAAAAUAGAUCUGACCACGUGUUAAAACAACGCUUUACUCCUUCGCCAUUUGCAAGAUGAGUUUCUAUCAAUUUCGUGACAUUUAUAUAUUUACUUGAGCGAUAUUGUUUAAUGAUUUCUGAGUAAGAGUCUUCACAAGGCUUUGCAGACGUCCUCCACCAACUCCAUUUGGUUAUUAGUGGUCGUUUCCACAUGGUAUGAACUCCAUGUACCACAAAUUUUCCACCCAACCAAAAUUUCUCCUUAUCAAGCUUGUGGAAUGUCCACCAGUUCACAAUCAUGUCGUCAUUUAUGUACAAGUAACCACGGUAAUCCGGAUACCUAUGGAUACAACAACGAAUUAGCAGACACCACUACACAGGCUGUAUAAAAAAAAAACUGAACAGAUUUGAAAUUGCUCUCAAUUUCGCAAAACAGCUAUUAAUAUCCAGUUUUUUAUGUAUAUACCUUCUUUGGGUACUUGUAAUGUAGAAUAAUGAAAAAAAUUUCUGGAACUCAAAUUUGUGAACCACGGGUGUGUCUCUUUUCCAAGAAACUAAAAAUGGCUUGCGAACGAAAUUUAAAAGCUUUAUUCAUAUUUUGAGUCAAUAGAUUGAAAAUAUGUUGGGUUUUUAAUUACUGUACAAUAUUUCAGAUAAUUUGACUUAGUAUUAAGCCCUUUUCUAUUCACGCAAACUUGCAUUUUUUCUUAAAAAUCAGCUAUUUGCAUGCUUCAAUGAUUUACUUUCUUGCACUUCACUUGGUGGAAUUAAUAUUAGAAUGUUAGGGUUUGUAAUCCAAGUGAGUAUAUAUACAUUUUAAGACCUGACUUAAUGCCUUUGCCUAAUUUGCAUAUGUCAGCAAUAUGCAAAUUAGGCGGUAAAGGCAUUAAUUAAGCAUGCGAAAGGCUGAUUUUUUAGGAAAAAAUGAAUAGUUAGAGGGCUUAAACUGAAGCAAAUUGUCUGAAAAUUUGUACAGUAAUUAAAAACAUGUUGCAUCUAUUAACUCAAAAUAUGAUUAAAGCUUUUAAAUUCC